AUACGGUUGUAUUAAACGGAUUGAUAAUAUUAUUUUGUGUGUGCUUUUUAUUCUUUGUAAAAGUGAAAUAAUAAAUAAAUACUAUAACAAUGUUAUAAAGAAAUUUUAAGGCAAAAUUGAGAAAAAAAAACAAACAAAGAAAAUAUAUAAAAAUUUAAAGGAAAUUUUUUGUAAAAUUUCAUUAAGCAAACCCUGUUAAAGUGUGGGAAAUAAUAAAACAAAUUCUUUAUAGGUAUAAAGAAUUAAAGAAAAUUAAACAAAAAUUAAUUCAAGUGUUUAAAAAAAGAGUGAAUAAAAUCUCAAAAAGUGGAAAAAAGUAAACAGCUGAUACCAGGAAAAAUUUAAUUUAACCAGCUUAACUGAAACACCAAAACAACAACAACAACAAACAUAUUUAACUAGCGAAUUAAACAAAAGUGCAUAAAUACUUUUAGGCAUAUCAAAAAUAUAUGUGUGAGAGUGUGUGAGCUCAGAAUUAAAUCCACAAUCAUAUGGAAACAAUUCAUAUACAACAUGGCAAAUAAAUUAUUCAAUAAAUAAACAAAAUAGUGAAAAUCCCUUUUUAAAUAAAAUAUUACAACAGCAAAUACUUAGUAAGCAGAUUUUCUGUAUUGGAAAAAAAAGAAACUAGUGAAAUUUAAAAAAAAAACAAAAAAAAGCAAAAUACGAAUUAUUAUUUGUAAAUGAAACCACCUGUAUGUUUGUGUAUAAAUACAUUUGUCUGAUUUAACAAACAAAACGAAAAAAAAAAACUGAAAAAUUCUGCCAACAAAACAAACAGAAAAAAUCAUAGCAUAGUUUAUGGCGGCCACUGAACAGUACUCAAAUAUUGAAAGAGCAAAAGACAGAAAAAAAUAAAACAAAAUACAAUAGUGUGUUUGUUGUGUGCAUAUUGUGGAUACCAUUCGCAUGAGCAGUAUUUGGGCCAUUAAAAACAUUUUAUUAAAUAAAUAAUAUCGUAAUUUGGAUGCUCGCUGUGCUGUGCUGUCUGUUAUAAAGCCCGCAGUUGUUGUUGCAUUUGUUUGCUGCUGUUAUUUUGGUAUUUGGUUUAAGCCACCACUUAUCAACGGCUUAAAUAUCAAACAAUAUUAUCAGACCGCAUACAGACAAACAAAGACACACACAUACACCAAGAGACUCUCACAUUCAUAGGCAUACGUUUUAUAAUAUUUGCCAUUUAUUUAACUUUAGGGUAAAUUUAUUUAUUUGUGAAUCCAUAUGUUGGUUACUGUUAUUGUUGCUGCUGUCAACAAAUAAACAAUAAAAAACUUAACGCACUCCAAAUAGAAUUGCAGCUGUAGAGCACCAGCAACCGGCAACAUCCAUAUCGUUGUCCCCCCCACUUUCAACGUUUCCUGUUUGCAACAACAACAACGACCAGAACUUUUGUUCAAUAAUAAACAUUAUUUUUAAAAACAUAACUAUAUAAAAUUACGUUUUCAACAUGGGAUUAAUACGUUAUUUUCUGUAUUGUAUACUGCUGAUAAAUGGUUUGUUGCAUACAUCUAGGCUUAAAACAAUGAUGUAUGUUAAUGCUGCACCGGACGAUAUUGAAGAGUCAACUUGUGGCGUGGAACAGUUCCGUUGCAACAAUGGCAAAUGCAUACCCAACAGAUGGCGCUGUGAUCAGGAGAAAGAUUGCUCAGAUGGUUCUGAUGAAUUUCCGGCAUUGUGCAAAAGUAAAACUUGUACCCCCGAUGAAUUCACUUGUAAAUCGGGCGAGGGUGAAUGUAUACCCUUGGCCUGGAUGUGUGAUCAAAGUAAAGAUUGUUCAGAUGGUUCCGAUGAGGUUUCAUGCAAUGAAACUUGUCGCUCGGAUGAGUUUACUUGCGGCAAUGGCCGCUGCAUACAAAAACGUUGGAUGUGUGAUCAUGACGAUGAUUGCGGUGAUGGUUCCGAUGAGAAGAAUUGUGCCAAAGUGCCCUGUGAUGCUCAUGAAUUUACUUGCACAAAUGGUGCCUGCAUCCACAAGAAAUGGAAGUGUGAUGGUGAUCCGGACUGCUAUGAUGGAUCGGAUGAAGUGAAUUGUCGCAAUGUCACCGAAACUCAUACACCCUGUCUAGGCCAUGAAUACCAGUGCAAGGAUCGUAUUACCUGUCUACAUCCCAGCUGGUUGUGUGAUGGUGAAUGCGAUUGUCCUGGUUGUGAUGAUGAGGUCGACCAAAAUUGUAAAAAUAACACCUGUCGUCCGGAUCAAUUUCAAUGUGCCGAUCGUUCUUGUAUUGCCGGACAUCUUAUAUGCAAUGGUGAAUUCGAUUGUACUGACAAAAGUGAUGAACUUAAUUGUGGCAUUCAUAAGGAAACUGUAUGUAAUACUACCACACAAUUUGAUUGCGGUGGCGGUCAAUGUAUUGCUCUUGCCAAAGUAUGUGACAAACAUAAAGACUGUCCGGAUGGUGAAGAUGAGCCAGCCAAUAAAUGUGAUAUAAAUGAGUGCUCCACAAAUAAUGGUGGCUGCAUGCACAAGUGCAUUGAUCAACCCAUAGGUUUUAAAUGUGAAUGCGAAACGGGGUACAAAUUAAUUAAUAAUAAAUCCUGUGUGGAUAUUGAUGAGUGUGCCCAAAAUCCAGGAGCAUGUUCACAAAUUUGUAUUAAUGAAAUUGGUGGCUAUAAAUGUGAGUGCAUGGAUGGCUAUAUGCGUGAUCCACGCAAUCAUACACGCUGUAAGGCAACAGAAGGACAUGCAUCACUACUGCUGGCACGUCGUCAUGAUAUACGCAAAAUAGCUUUGGAUCAUAUGGAGAUGACAUCAAUUGUGAAUAAUACAAAAUCAGCGACUGCUUUGGAUUUUGUAUUUCGCACCGGCAUGAUAUUCUGGAGUGAUGUGACCACACAAAGCAUUUACAAAGCACCCAUUGAUGAGGGCAACGAUAAAACAAUUGUACUGAAAGAGCAUACAGUAACCUCAGAUGGUUUGGCUGUCGAUUGGAUUUACAAUCAUAUAUACUUUACGGAUACCCACAGAUGUACCAUUGAAUUGACAAACUUUGAUGGCAAUAUGGGUAAAGUGCUCAUAGAAGAUGAAUUGGAUAUACCACGUUCAAUAGCAUUGGAUCCCAUUGAAGGCUGGAUGUAUUGGUCCGAUUGGGGUGCCUCGCCUCGCAUCGAACGUGCUGGCAUGGAUGGUUCACAUCGCACCACAAUUAUCAACUAUGAUGUCAAGUGGCCAAAUGGUAUUACUCUGGAUUUGGUACGCAAGCGAAUCUAUUGGGUUGAUGGUAAAUUAAACAUCAUCUCGUCUGCAAAUUAUGAUGGUUCACAGCGACGUCAGAUUUUAUAUUCAACGGAAUAUUUGCGUCAUCCCUUCUCCAUCACCACAUUUGAAGAUUACAUUUACUGGACAGAUUGGGAUAAACAGACCGUAUUCAAGGCAAAUAAAUUCAAUGGAGAAGGUGUUGAACCCAUCACAGCUGUGCAUAUGCUACAACAUCCCAUGGUCAUCCAUGUCUAUCAUCCCUAUCGCCAACCUGAUGGUGUCAAUCAUUGUCAGGCUGUCAAUGGACACUGUUCACAUUUAUGUCUGCCAGCGCCGCGCAUUAAUGAACACAGUCCACGUAUAUCGUGUGCCUGUCCCACCGGUCUCAAAUUAAUGGACGACAGACUGAUGUGUGUUGAAGAUCCCUUGCAAAAGAAACGUUUAGGUGGACUUUCGCAUGCCACAACAAAACCAAAGAUGUACUUUAAUUUUACUUCCUCUAAGUCGUCGUCCGCAACAUCAUCAUCAUCAUCCUCCUCCUCUUCCACGUCGUUGUCAAACUCCUCAGCAUCAUCGAAAGCAGACACAAAGUUGCCGUUGUCUGUUAACAAUCUACCUCAACAACAGCAAAACCUAAAUGCUGAGCAAUUGGCUCAAGAGCAGCAGAGUAAGGUUAAUAAACAUCCCACCGGUGGUAAUGGCACCCAUAACAAUGAUGGCAGCCUUAUAUCAACCACAACACAGCCCGAUUCCGGUUAUAUUGCUUUAAUAGUGAUAGGCAGUUUACUGGGCUCAUCACUGGUGUUGGGAUUGCUUCUUUAUAGUGGCUACCGCUAUUGCAGCAGGCGUUCUAUUAAUUCUAUGAAUUUUGAAAAUCCUGUUUAUCGCAAAACAACCGAAGAUCAUUUUAGUUUGGAGAAAAAUCUACCGGUGCGCAUGUAUCCCAGUACGGUCGAUGAAGAGUGCAAAGAACCUUUAAAGGAAGUGGGCACUGAGUGUGUUUAAAAUGUUUACUCUAAACCAAAAUUCUCAAUUCAAAUAAGACCAAAAGACCAAAAAAAAAAGAAAAAUAUUUUGAAAAACAACUAUUUGGAAACAAAAAAGACUUGCAUUAAAAAUGUAGUAAAAAAUUAUUUAGAAAAGACACUUAGAAAAAACAAAAUUAAAGAGAAACCAAAAAAAAGAAUUCAUACUGAUAUCAUUCAACUAAAAAAACAAAA